AUGAAUGGACCCUCGACCAGUGCGCCUGCGCCUUCUACUCACAUCUUCGUCCACGAGCUUCGACGACAGCGCACGGGCAGCAAGGUGAGGUUCUUAUGCUAUCUUCGAGAAUACGAUGCCGCUAAAGGCCAACUACUCGUUGAGCAUGCCUAUCCUCAUGAUGCAACCGAACCUGCACGUGCCAGCAUCGACGUGAACAUGGUUCUGGAAACGGCGAGGCGGGAUCUUAUGACCGAUGGGCGCUGGCUGAAUGUCAUUGGCUACGUGCUGAGCGGACCACAAGAGAAAAAGAGGAAGAGCACGAAUGCUGGUAAUGCGCAAUCUACUUCAAAGGAGGUGCCUUUGCCUAUAGUACAGGCAGUGCUACUUUGGGACGCCGGCGCGAUCAACGUUGACGAGUACGAGCGCGUCCUGCAAAAGCAUAUGGAAGUAAGGGCACAAGCUCGGGUCAUGCUGGACAAUGCUUGCAAGGCAGAGGCAAGGAAGGAGCAAGAGAAGAAGGCCACAAUUCCGAAGCCGUGA